CACCCCGCAAAAAGUGCAAACAAUCCUCCCCCUCUCUAGCAGCAGUGGUAGCUUCGCUUCCAUGGCCACAAACACCUCCUCCCCCUCCUCCUCCGCGACCAGCCCCAAUCCGUGAUGGCCUGACGCCGAUCGAGGAGGGGAAGCGGCUUUGGUGGGGAUCAUCCUCGGGCGGCGUUUGUUUGAGGGCGGGAGAUGGCGACGAGGGGAGGAGGUGGCAGAGGCGGGAAGGAGGCGGGGGAGGAGGGGAAGGCGGUGAUGGGCCCGCUGUUCCCGCGGCUCCACGUCAACGACGCCGCCAAGGGCGGCGGUCCGCGGGCGCCGCCCAGGAACAAGAUGGCGCUCUAUGAGCAGUUCACCGUCCCGUCGCACCGCUUCGGCGGCGGCAGCUUGGCGCGCUCGACGUCGGCGGCGAGCCAGAGCCAGGGCUAUGGAUGUGACAGGCCUCUGUUUGAGCCAUUCAAUGUGCCUUCCAAUGGACCUGGCCAUUCUGCUGAAAAGAUGAAUUCACAUCCUAUAGACAGGCAAAAUAAUGGCUCAAGGAAGGACUUAGGGAUGUUAUCCUCUCAGCCUAAGGGCAUGAAUAAAUAUGGUUCAGGAUCAAGGGCAGAGUGUGUCUCGCAGCAAGUGGUGGAAAAUAGAAUAAAUGAUUCUUCAAGAAAGAAACUGGCCGAUGAUGAUGAAUUUGUUGUUCCUUCUGUUUUCAGUGCCAAAUUUCCUCAAUAUUCUACCAAAGAGCAUGUUCAAGAGGAACAAACACCCCUUGUUUCUGCCAGUACGCAUAAAAGCCCUCCAGCAGUGUCUAAAUCACCGACGAAGUGUUAUAACACUGUUAGCAAAAACUUGGAGAGAAUCAAUGUUUCUGACGUGAAAUCAAGGAGCUCUCCAAAAGACAACGAGACAGAUACAGUACAAACAUCGAAAAAUGUGGAAGUUAAAAUUUUUUCAUCAUUUCAGAUAUCCAAAGAUUUGUUUGAAAGCAGGCAUCCUAAAGUAUGCCCUAAGAGGGAUAAGACAGGCAGUAUAAAUGAUUUGGAUGAGCCACAUUUGGAGAACACUGGAAAUCAUGCAACAAGUAGAAAUGGAACUUCCACAAAAUUUCAGAACUCUUCAGUGAGAAGAAAUGCAAUAUCCUCUAAACCAUUUCCUGAUAUUGAAAAUACCAAUGGGCAUUUUAAUUUACCUCAAGAAGGAUUAAGGGAAAUUGGUUCAAAGAGAAGGUUGGUAGCACGGGAUAAUACAGAGAAAAAUGAUGAUUUGUCAGAUUCCUCAGUGGAGUGUAUAACUGCUUGGGAGAUUUCUCCAGAUGAAAUUGUUGGUGCCAUUGGUGCAAAACAUUUUUGGAAAGCAAGACGUGCUAUCAUUAAUCAACAGAGGGUUUUUGCUGCCCAAGUUUUUGAGCUGCAUAAGUUGGUAAAAGUGCAGAAGUUGAUUGCAGCAUUGCCACAUGUACUUAUUGAAGGUGAUCCUUGCCUUGGCGAUGCCUUGUUGAUUAGCAAGAAAAAGCUGGCAGAAGAAAACUUGAAAACUCAACCUUCGUUAGUUGCAACCAAUGAUGAUGUGCAACCAAGUCUACAGCAACCAGAAUUAUCGAAAGAAAAUUCUAAAGAGAACCCACCCUCGCCUCAUGAUACUGCACCUGGCAGUGGUCAUCAUGAUCAAACGGCAAAAAGUGGUGCGUCUAAAAGCAAUCUUCGAGCUACAUCUGUUGCUUCUGAUGACAGACAGAAUGACUGGGGUGUUCAACUUCAACCACCACAGAAUCAGUGGCUUAUCCCUGUCAUGUCUCCUUCUGAAGGGCUUGUCUAUAAGCCUUAUUCUGGUCCAUGUCCUCCAGCUGGAAGCAUAUUGGCCCCAUUUUAUACCAAUUGUACACCUAUGAGGCUCCCAUCGACUGCUGGAGAUUUCAUGAAUUCAGCAUAUGGUGUUCCUGUACCUCAUCAGCCACAAUUUAUGGGUGUUCCUGGCACUCCUACCAUGCCUAUGAAUUACUUCCCGCCUUUCAGCGUACCUGUGAUGAACCCAGUUGCACUAGCACCUGCAGUGGAACAAGGUAGGCAUCCUUCCAUGCCACAGCCUUAUGGGAACUUCGAGCAACACUCGCGGAUGUCAUGUAACAUGUCACACCCAAGUGGCAUUUGGAGAUUUCAUGCCUCAAGAGAUAGUGAGGCGCAAGCCAGCAGCGCUAGCAGUCCUUUUGACAGGCUCCAAUGUGGUGGAAGUGGUCCCGUGUCUUCCUUCCCUACAGCAUCAGCUCAGAACGCACAGCCUCAGCUCUCAUCUGGCAGCCGGGACAACCAGACCAAUGUUAUUAAGGUUGUUCCGCAUGAUAAUUCACAGACAGCUUCAGAGUCAGCUGCACGGAUUUUCCGAUCAAUACAGAUGGAAAGGCAACGAGACGACUCGUAGCUGUGAACUGGCAACUAAGAUGCUGGAUGGGAUUUGACCUCUUUGUAAAUGUAGAGAAGAGUUUUGCCAGAUUAUGGUAAGCCCUAUUUUUGUCUUGACCAUUUAUUAGAAGUUGAUGUUAGAUUGGAUCAUAUGAUCUUCUGUUUACUGUACAUACUUGUACUCCCCAAUCACAAAUUGACUUUAUUUUGAACAUCGUUAUGGUCUCUCAAAUACAACUUCAAUCACUAAUAUACAAUGUAAAAUGCUUAUA